GUUAAUGUGUCACCCGCGAACCCUAAUUCCUUUCCCUACUAUUUCCAACUGCAACUACGCACACGACCACACCGGAUCAAAUCUUUUUAAGGCAACAACUACCGAAUUUGUUUUACACCCCAAACUCUUUCAAACAGCAACACUAGAAACAGUAAUAUCUUCUCUUAACUUGUACUUCAUAAUUUUCGUACAAUUUUUUUUUGUCCUUAAUUCCCAGCCGUUUGAUAAAGGAAGUAGAAGAAGAAGAAAAGAGCACUAUAUAUAUAUAAAUAUCUCUCUCUUCCAAUUUUCCUUUCUUAUUUAGAGUGUUCAACUUGGAGUUCCACCCCACUUCCCUCUUCAACGCCAUGAAAACAGGGUUCUCAGGUGCUUCAUAAAAGUCGUUGAGGAUAUACAAAUUGGAUUCUAAAUUUGCUGAAAUUAAGAGGUUUAACAAAGUGAUUAUGGGAACAGAAGAGGAGAGCACACCUGCCAAGCCUUCCAAACCUACUGCCUCAACUCAGGAAAUACCAACAACACCCUCAUAUCCUGAUUGGUCAAGCCCAAUGCAGGCUUAUUAUGGUGCUGGAGCUACUCCACCUCCCUUCUUUGCCUCAACUGUUGCUUCGCCAACUCCGCAUCCAUAUAUAUGGGGAGGCCAGCAUCCUUUAAUGCCUCCAUAUGGCACCCCAGUUCCAUACCCAGCUAUAUAUCCUCCAGGGGGAGUCUAUGCACACCCUAAUAUGGCCACAGCUCCAAGUUCUGCACAGAAUAAUGCUGACCAUGAAGGGAAGGGUGUUGAUGGAAAGGAUCGAGGUGCCACCAAAAAAUCCAAGGGAACUUCAGGAAGCAAGGUUGGAGAGAGUGCAAAGGCGGCUUCAGGCUCUGGAAACGAUGGUGGCUCUCAAAGUGGUGAAAGUGGCAGUGAGGGUACAUCAGAUGGAAGUGAUGAGAAUAAUCAGCAAGAACUUGCUGCUGGAAAAAAGGGAAGCUUUGACCAGAUGCUUGCAGAUGCCAAUGCACAGAGUAACACUGCUGGGGCUUUAGUUCCUGGGAAACCCAUAGUUUCUAUGCCUGCAACUACUUUGAAUAUAGGGAUGGACCUAUGGAGUGGAUCCCCUGCUGCCACAGGAGCUGCAAAAAUGAGACCUAACUCAUCUGGUGCUGUGGCCACAAUUCCAGCUGGAGGUGUGAUGCCUGACCAGUGGAUUCAAGAUGAACGUGAAUUGAAAAGACAGAAGAGGAAGCAGUCUAAUAGGGAGUCCGCUAGGAGAUCAAGAUUACGCAAGCAGGCUGAGUGUGAAGAGCUACAAGUCAGGGUGGAGGGCUUGGCAAAUGAAAACCUCAACCUUAGAGAUGACCUAAAGAAGCUUUCUGAUGAAUGUGAGAAGCUUACAUCUGAAAAUAGUUCUAUUAAGGAUGAGUUGAUGCGGAUCUGUGGACCUGAUGCAGUAAGUAACCUCGAGCAAGACAACCCCUCUUCAAUUCUUCAAUCGCGAAAUGGUGAAAGGAAUAGUUAAUAGGAAACCUACAGAGAUAACUUGCAGGCAGUGCAGUAAUUUCUUGGUAUCCAGGAAUAUUCUUUUUACCAGGGCUUUACUUUAGUUUAGUAAUAGGGCGUUUGUUUUCCUUACUAAUUUAUACCCUUAACCCAAUAUAACUGUAAUGUUUAUUUUACAGAAGAAAAGUUUUAACCGGAGUUAAAAUUGUUGUGUUGGUGUAGUUGAUUGGGAACAAAAGAAUGAUUAGAGAUUGAUUCAGCCACUGUUCUGAUUUUGAACGCAUUUAGAUGUAGUGUUUUCAUUUAAAAUACAGGAAACAUUGUCUGUGUUGCUAUGUAAACGACAAAUGUGAGAAGCUAGCAUGAGAAAUGAGCCGUAAAAAUCAGAUUAAAUUUUUGUUUGAGUAUGCUGCCAAUAUCUCAUGGUCCAUCUCUUCGGCCGGGUUAAAGUCCUAAUUGAUAACACAUAAACACCAAGCCUGGGAAAAACACGGCCACCUCCUUGGGGAAAGAGACACUAAUAGUCUCCAUGAUCGGACUCCGGAUUUGAGAUGAUUCUUGGUUGGCCAUCAUGAUCAGACAUCUCGGUUGCAUGUGGCUGUCCGCUGGUUCCGCGGCACCCCUCACCUUUGGCGCCGCUGGCUCAGUCAUGAAAAGUUUUAGCAUGAUCAGUGGAAAGUAGGGAAAGAAGCCAAUGAACUAGCAGUUUAGUAGUAUUGUGCUCACCACCGGAUCCACACGAGAGCCAUGUCAAAUUAUUACUUAUAUAAAUGGGUUACAACAUAACAUUUCAGCAUAUGCAAAGAAAAACAAAUGAUUUGUUACACAUCCUUACUGA